ACCUAACCUCAGCCGCUAUGUGGACGGAUAGUAAUAAUCACAUCAUGCUUGCAUCCAGAAACUAUGAGUGACAGUCCGCCGUGUAGUGCAGCUCCUGCAGCCGCUUUGCACAUGGGAAGUUGUGAGAAAGAGCCCGAGGACCAGCAACUUUCAUAGACUCUCAAGUGCAUCGCAUGCAAGUAGCCCGCAGCCCAAUUUAGACUUCUUUGACUCAGGGAUUGUGCGUCUGGAGAGCUCUGACACCAGCCCAGUGUUUUUUAGGUUAUGUGUUGCGGAGGGCACCUGACAGCGGCAAGGAAAUGGCAUUUCUCUAAAGAAAAGAUCUCGGGUUUUUAUGGUUGACAAUGGCGAACAAAUGAGAGGGAAAUUUCCCGGGAUUAAUUGACUGCACAACGACAGAAUGCGGGAGAGGGACCUACAGAGCAUGUGCAGAAGGGUGCUGCUGCUGGCCGUCUGUUUGGUGUCUCUCUGGGGACAGCUGACCAUCGCAACAUCACACAGAAGCCACAUAGUGCAUGUGAAGGCGGGAACCUGUGAAGUAAUUGCCGCGCACCGCUGCUGCAACAAGAACAAGAUCGAAGAGAGAUCCCAGACUGUCAAGUGCUCCUGCUUCCCUGGACAGGUGGCAGGAACAACAAGAGCGGCUCCAUCUUGCGUGGACGCAUCCAUAGUUGCACAGAAGUGGUGGUGCCAGAUGCAUCCUUGCAUGGAUGGGGAAGAGUGUAAAGUGUUGCCAGAUCUGAAAGGAUGGAGCUGCAGUACAGGAAACAAAGUAAAGACAACCAAGGUCACUCGAUAGUCCUCUAUUUCCAGGGUAACCUUGUUUGGAAACAGACAUCGCUUCCUUGACUGACACCAUAGGACUUCUGGAUAUGAUGUGUUUUGAGGCUUGGUGGAAACCAGGGACCAGUAUGGACAAUAAUAACUGACAUUCCACUGAACGAAUGGAGAACGAUGACCAGGGGACAUCAUGUGAGACUGCAUAUCCAAAACGGACUACUGACUUUAGAUCCAGCAUCGACAGUAGCUGUCUCUGAACUGUACUGCCCACGACAUUUCAAUUUGUAUCAUAGUUUUAUUCCUAUGGGCUAGAAGACUCUACCCUGAAGAUAUUUAAUGAGUGAAUGACUGUGGAUUACACAAGAAAAACACACCCUUAAAACAAAACCAUGUGACGUGAAUUUUUUUUUUCUUUCCACAGAGAGCAGCAGGACUCUUGACACAUAUCUGUGCUGAAGAUCUAGUGAGAUCAUAAGAAUUUUCAUUCCUUUUAGCCCUACGAAGCAGAUAUCUCUUCUUUUUAAGGUUUUGUUGAUUUGAAACUAUCAAGUGUUCGGCUUUCUUAUGUUUGGUGGAACAUCGAGUCUUCUUUUCAAAGGCUUGACACAUCAAAAAGUGAUGCCACAACAAUAAGUACAGAAAUAAUGUGAUGAUGUUUGACUAGGAGUCACCAGGGGUCAAUGCAGCAGUUUAAAUUAACACGAGCUGAGUUCUGCCAAGCUGUUUUAAUGACAUCUGUUGUUUUCAAAGCCUGGUGACUCACAUUGAUUACAAAUGUCAGUAUUAUCUCAAUAAAUCUAACUCAAUGGAAAUCA